UACCAUCACAUGACUGAAGCAUUAUACAGCACUACAGUCUCAAUUAGCUUACAAUGGCUCUCCUUUCCAAAGGCUUUGCUCUUUUCUUUUUGCUAGCUUCCUUCACUGUUGCUUUGCCAUUCAGCCCAUCAGAUGAUGAGGUCAUGGCUGAAUCCUUUAAUAUGUGGAUGAAAAAGUAUGAGAAGACCUAUUCAACCAUGGAGGAAUACAACGAGAGGCUGCGUGUCUACACUUCAAACUAUUAUUACAUUGAGCAAUUGAAUAAAGAGCAUGGACCUCAUACGGAAUAUGAGUUGAACCAAUUUUCUGAUCUCACUUUUGCAGAGUUUAAAAAAAUUUACCUAACUGAACCUCAGCAUUGCUCAGCAACUAAUGGCAAUUUCCAAAAGCCUGUUAAUGCAAGAGACCCAGUUGCUGUUGACUGGCGUGAAAAAAAUGUGAUCACACCUGUCAAAGAUCAGGGAAAAUGUGGUAGCUGCUGGACAUUCUCUACCACUGGUUGUCUUGAGGCACAUCAUGCCAUAAAAACUGGGCAGCUAAUCAGUUUGUCUGAACAACAACUUGUUGAUUGUGCUGGAGCUUUCAACAACCAUGGAUGUAACGGAGGAUUGCCAUCUCAAGCAUUUGAAUACAUCAAGUACAAUGGUGGGAUAGAGUCUGAGAGCAAUUAUAAUUACACUGCUAAGGAUGGAGUGUGUCGCUUUAAUUCUUCAUUGGUUGCUGCUACUGUCUCCGAUGUUGUUAAUAUCACUAAAGAUGCUGAAGGUGAUAUUGGUACUGCAGUUGCUAAUGUAGGGCCUGUGAGUAUUGCAUUUGAAGUCACAAAAUCAUUUCAACACUAUAAAAAAGGAGUUUAUCAGGGGGAGAUAGAGGUUUGCUCUCAAAGCCCAGACAAAGUUAAUCAUGCUGUACUGGUUGUUGGCUACAAUCAAACUAAAUUAGGUGAAGAGUAUUGGAUUGUGAAGAAUUCUUGGAGUGCCAGUUGGGGAAUGGAUGGGUACUUCUGGAUCAGGAGAGGCCAUAAUGCCUGUGGCCUGGCCACUUGUGCCUCUUAUCCUAUAGUUUAAUACAUGAGACUAGUUCUGAGUGCUGACUUUCUUUUUAGCAGAGACUAGUAUUAGCUAAUUAGCUGUAGACUGCUGUAGAUUUAUAUUAGUUAUUGUCUGCUAGUGUUGUGUUACAGUGUAAAUUUUCCACGAAUCGUUAAAUAAAUAAAGGCAUGCAUUCUAUCAGGAUGACAUCAAUAAUA